AGCAGGAUCUGGAGGCAACCCUCGUUCUACUUCCCCGAUUUCAACAUCUGCCGACGGCUUCACAGAUGUCCGAAAAGCAAAUGACUCGUAUGGUCCUUCCGGCGUCAUUCUUUCGGCUCCGAAAAAAGAUCCCGACGGCGACAGUGUGGCCCGCAUGCUCCGCCGCCUUGCCGACCGCAUUGAGCACGCCGGCUUCGCGUCCGCGUCGCAAAGUUUAAUCCCGCGCGAGAACUACCUCAACGCAGAAGAGACACAAGACGCAGGAGACAAAAAAAUCAAUCAAAAACGUCGUCCGCUGCAAGCUUUUCACACCCA